ACUGUCAAACUUCAUGUCAGUUGACGGCAGUUGAGGCUCGGACCAAAAGCCAGUCCCGACCGGAGUCGAACACUUUGAGCGGACUGAAGGCAGUAAAGAGACAUGUCUUUUAUAUUUGACUGGAUCUACAGAGGCUUCAGCAGAGUCCUACAGCUACUAGGGUUGUACAAAAAGACUGGAAAGCUGGUGUUCCUUGGACUAGACAAUGCUGGGAAAACAACGCUCCUGCACAUGCUCAGAGAUGACAGGCUCGGGCAGCACGUGCCAACACUACAUCCAACAUCUGAGGAGCUGACCAUUGCUGGUAUGACUUUCACAACAUUCGACCUCGGAGGUCACACACAAGCACGAAGAAUCUGGAAGAACUACCUCCCUGCCAUAAAUGGUAUAGUCUAUAUGGUGGAUUGCGCUGAUCAUGAGCGACUGGUAGAGGCAAAGACUGAACUCGACGCCUUGUUAACAGACGAAUCCAUCGCCAAUGUACCAGUUCUCAUCCUGGGGAAUAAGAUAGAUCGUCCAGAGGCCGUCAGUGAAGAUGCACUCAGGUGCAUGUUUGGUCUUCAUGGACAUACAACUGGAAAGGGCAAAGUGUCCCUGAAGGAGCUGAAUUUGAGGCCAAUGGAGGUUUUUAUGUGUAGCGUGCUGAAGAGACAAGGAUAUGGAGAGGGUUUCCGCUGGCUCUCACAAUAUAUUGACUGAUUUACACACUUUUAAUGACAUCAUGUCAACAUGAAUUUUACCGUGCUGCAAUAUGUUUUUUGUGUUCUUUAUCACUGGCAUUGAUUACACCAUCACAAUUCAGAGAGAAGUUAUGAAUCACCGUCUCUUUAGUAUUUAAAUCAAAUUUAUUGAGUUACUUUCCCUCUCUGGUUUCGAGCUUUACUUAAAGCCUGUAGGAAAUUCAGUCUGCCAUAUAGAACAUGUCUCACUGUGGCCCGGUGUCUGACCCUUUUUUAUUUUUAGGUGCUGGUGUUGAUUUGCAGUGAAGGUCAUUUGGGUUAACACUCUGUGCUUGGACUAACUCUUCCUUGAUUUAGGAUAGAAAACACAAACUAUUGGCACAGACAAAACAUGAUAUCUCCAUAUAUUAAAUAUAUAUAAACUACUGGGAAUCUUAAACUACCAUUUAGUUUUCUUCCCAGAAAGUUUUUUUUAUGGUCAGUUCUGCACUUAUUUGCUGUCAUAUUUAUUUAAUGGUAAUAAUAAUAAUAAUAAUGAUAAUAAUAAAUGUAUUUGUAUAGCGCUUUCUGUCAAAGUGCUUUUUAUUUUCUGAUUGCAUGUUGUUUGUUUUUAAUCUAUAAGGGGUUCACCACUACAAGCCAAUCCUUUGAAUGUGACCACAUGUUCAUUAGGAGUUUCAUUCAACAGUGUUGAAAAUAAUAACGGUCUAUGGUACGUUUACUGCAUCAGUACAGCACGGGGAUUCAGCGUGAGGUUGCUAAACUACCCCUACUUAUGCUUAUUUGUUGUGUCAUGACUUGAAUACUUUGUGAUUAGUUGCUGCUCCCAGCGUGCAGUGAUAUGAAAGUUCUCAAGUCAAUAUUGUCCAACCCUAGCAUGAAAAUACUUGUUAGUGCAAUAUCAUGUUUUUAUUUUGUACAUAAGCUAUUAUUUAUAUUUUUUUAGCCAUAUUACAUCAGGCUUUGAGCUCUUAAAGUUGAAUUUCUGUUACAAGAGACAGUUACAUGUCAAACGUUUGAUGUUUGAGCACAAUAAAUAUUUUAUUUAAUGUUUAAA